UGGUCUUGAACAAAUGCAACAUGGUAAAUAUAGAGUGGCCUUACAAUUCUUUGGAAGAUUCAAGAGUUUUUUAGAAACCAACAACUUAAAAGAUAAGGAAUGGGUUGAUGUUUCAAGAAGGUAGAUCUGCACAUCUAAAUUAAUAGAAUUGUCUACUCCAAUCUAUAACUAAGAAGAUAUGAGGAUGCAGAAGCUCAACUAGAAGAAAUAAUCAGACAAUUUUUAAGACAAAAAGCUAAUUACGCCCUGGUCUAUUCUGCUUACAGUGAUCUCUUAACUCAUUGUUUGAAGUACAAUCUAAAUAAGGCCAUACUCUUGGGCAAGGCUUUAUUGAGUGAAAUGCAGAGAGAAAAUGUACCCUUAGGUUAUUAGAAGCAAUUUCUGUAUUUUUUGGGAGUAUCAAAUUUAUACACUAUUCAAAGACUGCUUAUUUAUUAAAGGAAAACUAUACUGAUGCCAAAUCGAGAUUGAGGGAGUGUCUGGCUUCAGAUCCAUCUAAUCAAUUAAAAGGAUGGGCUUAUAAUAGUUUAGCUGUGGCUUCAUGGUGGCAUAAGUUCCCAAGUCUUAGAGAAUUUGUAAGUGAUAAUGAGGAAGAGACAGGGCCUCUACAAAGUGACAUCCCAGCUGAAAAUAUAGAUGCAGAUUUUGAAAAUGUGAUACCUCUAUUUAAGAAGUCUAUUUAUUACAUAGAGCAUUCAAACAAUCAAAUUAAAACAGGAUUGGAAUGGUUACUGAAUGAAGAUCUUCUACCAUAGGAUAAAACCAAUCUAACUAAAACCUAAUUCAAAAGUUUGCAUGUAGGAAAACCCUUACUCAAUUUAAGUGAAUUUGUUUUAAAUAAAGCACCCUCUAAAAGAACUGAAUUGUAAUUUUGGUUGAAAACUACAAUCAAUUUUUAUGAAGAGUAAGAUCCAACCAAUAUGGACAGAUCCCUCUUAUUUUUGGCAUGGACUUGCAGUACAAAUAAAUAUGUAUUAUAUAAAUGAAGACUUUUUUAGUUUGAUAGAGCUGAGAGCAUGUAUAGGAUAGUUUUACAAAUGCUCGAGAAUUCAGAUUCUUACAAUAACGUAUUGUGUAUGUAGUUACUUGGAAGUAUGUUGAAGAAGAUGCCCAAUAGAAGCAGUGAAGGAGAAUGUAAAAAAUCAUAUAUUAUUUAGAACUGAUCAUUAAGGCCUAGCAGAUUGCUGAAGAAUUACCCUAUUGGUCAAAUAGAUAGGUACAUGUUAUUAUACCUGAUUUUGAAAUCUGA